AGAGCUGUCGGCCAUGGAGCCGAGCGAUAGUGCCAGGACCGCUAUGGAGGAGCCCGACAGCCUGGAGGUCCUGGUGAAGACCCUGGACUCUCAGACUCGGACGUUCAUUGUGGGGGCCCAGAUGAAUGUAAAGGAGUUUAAGGAGCAUAUUGCUGCCUCUGUCAGCAUCCCUUCUGAGAAACAACGGCUCAUCUACCAGGGCCGGGUUCUGCAAGAUGAUAAGAAGCUCCAGGAAUACAAUGUUGGGGGAAAGGUUAUCCACCUGGUGGAACGGGCCCCUCCUCAGACACAACUCCCAUCUGGAGCGUCUUCUGGGACAGGGUCUGCCUCAGCUCCUCAUGGUGGGGCAACCCUGCCUGGCACUCGGGGGCCUGGGGCCUCUGUUCAUGACCGGAAUGCCAACAGCUAUGUCAUGGUUGGAACCUUCAAUCUUCCUAGUGACGGCUCUGCUGUGGAUGUUCACAUCAACAUGGAACAGGCCCCAAUUCAGAGUGAGCCCCGGGUGCGGCUGGUGAUGGCUCAGCAUAUGAUCAGGGAUAUACAGACCUUGCUGUCCCGGAUGGAGUGUCGAGGACCCCAAGCACAGGCCAGUCAGCCACCCCCGCAGACGCCGCCUGUGGCCUCAGAGACAGUGACCUUGAGUUCACAGACAUCAGAACCAGUGGAAAGUGAAGCACCUCCUCGAGAGCCCAUGGAGUCAGAAGAGAUGGGGGAGCGUACCCCAUCCCAGGCUCCAGAGCUUACCGCUGCUGGCCCAGCUCCAGCGGGCCCAACACCUGCGCCAGAGACAAACGCACCCAACCACCCUUCCCCUGCGGAGCAUGUGGAGGUGCUCCAGGAGCUGCAGCGCCUACAGCGCCGUCUUCAGCCCUUCCUGCAGCGCUACUGUGAGGUCCUAGGCGCUGCUGCCACUACAGACUACAACAACAACCAUGAGGGCCGUGAGGAGGACCAGAGGUUGAUCAACUUGGUGGGGGAGAGCCUUCGGCUCCUGGGCAACACUUUCGUGGCACUGUCUGAUCUGCGCUGCAAUCUAGCCUGUGCACCCCCCCGGCACCUGCAUGUGGUACGGCCCAUGUCUCACUACACGACCCCCAUGGUGCUCCAGCAGGCAGCCAUCCCUAUUCAGAUCAAUGUGGGGACUACUGUGACCAUGACGGGCAAUGGGGCCAGACCUCCGCCAACUCCCAAUUCGGAGGCAGCAUCCCCAGGCUCUGGUCAGGCCUCUUCCCUGCCUCCAUCUUCUACCACUGUUGAUUCAUCAGCUGAAGGAGCUCCCCCACCGGGGCCAGCUCCACCACCAGCUGCCAGCCAUCCACGGGUCAUCCGGAUUUCCCACCAGAGCGUGGAGCCUGUGGUUAUGAUGCACAUGAACAUUCAAGAUCCUGGAUCACAGCCGGGUGGUGUCCCGAGUGCUCCCACUGGUCCCCUGGGACCUCCAGGUCAUGGACAGACCCUGGGCUCCACCCUCAUCCAGCUGCCCUCCCUGCCCCCUGAGUUCAUGCACGCCGUCGCCCACCAGAUCACUCAUCAGGCCAUGGUGGCAGCAGUUGCCUCCGCGGCCGCAGGACAGCAGGUGCCUGGCUUCCCAACAGCACCAACUCGGGUGGUGAUUGCCCGGCCCACUCCUCCACAGGCUCGGCCUUCCCAUCCUGGGGGUCCUCCAGUCUCUGGGACUCUGCAGGGCUCUGGACUGGGUACAAAUGCUUCACUGGCCCAGAUGGUGAGCGGCCUUGUGGGGCAGCUUCUUAUGCAGCCUGUCCUUGUGGCUCAGGGGACUCCAGGACUGGCUCCUGCUCCGGCUCCGGCUCCAGCUCCGGCUCCGGCUCCGGCUCCAGCUCCGGCUCCAGCCACGGCUCCGGCUGCAGCUACAGCCACAGCUCCAGCUCCUGCUCCAGCUCCAGCUCCUGCCACUGCUUCAGCUAGUGCUGGCACUACAAACACAGCUACAACAGCUGGCCCUGCUCCUGGGGGUCCUGCACAGCCCCCACCUCCUCAGCCCUCUGCCGCUGACCUUCAGUUCUCUCAGCUCCUGGGGAACCUGCUGGGGCCUGCAGGGCCCGGGGCUGCUGGGCCUGGCAUGGCUUCUCCCACCAUCACUGUUGCAAUGCCUGGUGUUCCUGCUUUUCUCCAGGGCAUGACCGAUUUCUUGCAGGCAUCACAGACUGCCCCUCCACCCCCUCCACCUCCUCCACCCCCACCCCCUGCCCCAGAGCGCAGUGAGAGCAUUGCUGCCUUCAUCCAACGCCUCAGUGGAUCCAGCAACAUCUUUGAGCCUGGGGCUGAUGGGGCUCUUGGAUUCUUUGGAGCUCUGCUCUCUCUUCUGUGCCAGAAUUUCUCCAUGGUGGAUGUGGUGAUGCUUCUCCACGGGCACUUCCAGCCACUGCAGCGGCUCCAGCCACAGCUGCGAUCUUUCUUCCACCAGCACUACCUGGGUGGUCAGGAGCCCACACCUGGCAACAUCCGGAUGGCAACCCAUACAUUGAUCACUGGGCUGGAAGAAUAUGUACGGGAGAGUUUUUCUUUGGUGCAGGUUCAGCCGGGUGUGGACAUCAUCCGGACAAAUUUAGAAUUCCUCCAAGAGCAGUUUAACAGCAUUGCUGCGCAUGUGCUACACUGCACAGACAGUGGAUUUGGAGCCCGCUUGCUGGAGCUGUGUAACCAGGGCCUGUUUGAGUGCUUGGCCCUGAACCUACACUGCUUGGGGGGACAGCAGAUGGAGCUUGCUGCUGUCAUCAACGGCCGAAUUCGUCGCAUGUCUCGUGGAGUGAACCCAUCCUUGGUGAGCUGGCUGACGACUAUGAUGGGACUGAGGCUUCAGGUGGUCUUGGAACACAUGCCUGUGGGCCCUGAUGCCAUCCUCAGAUACGUUCGCAGGGUUGGUGAUCCCCCCCAGACACUUCCUGAAGAGCCAAUGGAAGUUCAAGGAGCAGAAAGAACUUCCCCUGAACCUCAGCGGGAGAAUGCUUCCCCAGCCCCUGGAACAACAGCAGAAGAAGCCAUGUCCCGAGGUCCACCCCCUGCUCCCGAAGGUGGUUCCCGAGAUGAACAGGAUGGAGCUUCAGCCGAUGCAGAACCUUGGGCAGCUGCGGUCCCCCCAGAAUGGGUCCCUAUUAUCCAGCAGGACAUUCAGAGCCAGCGAAAGGUGAAACCUCAGCCGCCCCUGAGCGACGCCUACCUCAGCGGUAUGCCUGCCAAGAGACGCAAGACAAUGCAGGGUGAGGGCCCCCAGCUGCUACUCUCAGAGGCAGUGAGCCGGGCAGCUAAGGCAGCCGGAGCUCGGCCCCUGACAAGCCCCGAGAGCCUGAGCCGGGACCUGGAGGCACCAGAGGUUCAGGAGAGCUACAGGCAGCAGCUCCGGUCUGAUAUCCAAAAGCGACUGCAGGAAGACCCCAACUACAGCCCCCAGCGCUUCCCCAAUGCCCACCGGGCAUUUGCUGAUGACCCCUAGCUUUCUCACGGGGGGACCAUUCCCCCUUCCUUCACAGUAUUUAAGAAAUAAAAGUCGGAUUUUCCUGGCUUCUUUGUCUGGUA